AUGGGAAGGCGGGGAGCAUCAAGCGGUGUGGAGUGGAGUGGCGACGAGCUCAAGUCAGAAUUCGGCGUCUUGAUUUACCCGACUCCCGGCUACGUCGAAGCUGCAUUCAUCCACGCUCCCCGCCCCGGACCCUCUGCUGGAUGCUUGCAUGCUUCCUGCCCGACCGUCAUCCGGAUCCACGACUUUGCACGAGCCGACGUUUACGGAGCCACCACAGCAGGAUCUGCCGUUAGCCACGAACGGCCAUCUUUCUUUCCACUCGCGCUGUUCUGCUCCGACGACGUAGACGUGAUGCCAUUCAAAGCGGUCAUCUUUGACAUCGGCGGCGUGGUGGUUGGAAGCCCGCUGUUUGCUAUCAAUAGGUACGAGAAGGAGCAUGGACUGCCAUUUCAGUAUCUCAAUGUAGCCAUCACCGCUCAAGGCCGAGGCGGUGCAUUUCAGCAAUUCGAACGUAGCGAGCUCGACCUGUACACCUUCUACCGUCGAUUCGGCCAAGAGCUGAGCGACGUCGAGAAGAACAAUGCCGCCUUCACCAAGUUCUGCCAAAGCCGAGGACAAGAAGUGCCAAAGCUUCCGACUAAGCUCAAGGUGGACGGACGAGAACUUUUCGGGCAGAUGAUGAGGACUUCCACCACUGUGGAUCCCAAGAUGCGUACUGCCAUCAUGCGGCUCAAAGAAACGGGCCGAUUCACGGUGGCGGCCCUGACCAACAACUUUGCGCCACCUACCCAAGUGCCCGCAUCAGCGGAAGGAGGUGGUGGGAAAGCACCUUCGCUCGACGAGGAGCUGCAGCACCUCGGGCUGGGCUCGUCGCAGGACCAGCUGCGCAAGCUGUUUGAUUUCUACAUUGAGAGCGCCGUGGUUGGUAAGAGGAAACCCGACCCGGAAUUCUACGAGUACGCACUCAACCUGCUCAAGGUCAAGCCGAGCGAGGUGGUGUUCCUCGACGACAUUGGACCCAACCUCAAGGCGGCGCAGAAGCUGGGCAUCACCACAAUCCGCGUCGACUCGAGCGAUUCGACUCCGGCGCUGGCUCAGUUGAGCAAGCUGACCGGAGUGCCGCUGCUCGAAAGCGCGAACUCCAAACUGUAG